CGCACACAUCCAUACUCGACUUCUACUGCCAACGCUACCCUCAUUCCGCCUCCCCUCAAGGGUGGCUGAAUCGCAUUGGCAACGGUCAGGUUACUCUCAACGGUAUACAAGUCACCGACCCCGCGACCCCGCUCAGCCCAUCGGACUGUCUCUGCUACCACCGCACGCCCUGGCAGGAGCCCCCUGCGCCGUGCCACUUCACCGUUCUCUUCCAGGACUCCCACGUGCUGGUGCUAUCAAAGCCCAGCGGCCUGCAGGUGCUGAGAGGAGCGCCCUUCCAUCAACGCACCCUGCUUUCUCUGCUCGCCCUGCAUGCACGCAACCGACUGGUACCAGUGCCACUGCCGGCAACAGAAGUAGAGGCAGCAGAACUAGCAGAAGGGACAGCAACAGACAGGGUGCCGAGUGCCGCAGAAGGGGUAGCAGCAGCGCGGGGUGCAGAGUCGAAUGGUGCACGCGCAGCAGACAGUGCCUGUGCGAGCCAGCAGAGUGCAGAAGGGACAGCGACAGGGGUAGCAGCAGCAGCAGCAGCAGCAGCAGCAGCAAAGAGUGCAGUAUCCAACGGCAUCAGUGCAAGGGGCAAGGCUAAACUAGCUGCUGACCUUGCAGCUGCCACCACCAGUGCUGAUGCUGCUGCCGAUCCCUCCCACGCUCCCCAUUUCAUCUCCCACACAGUUCUUUCAAUCUGCGGCAUCACCCCUGUAGCCAAGGCUAAUCUGGCUGCUGAAAUUGCUGCUGCCACCAGCGAUGCUGCUGCUCAUCCCUCCCAUCGCUCCCCGUCUCAACCACCCCACAGGGCUCUCGUGCAGGGGGUGGUGGUGCCCGAUGAGCAAACAGUGCAGGUGCCCAUUGGUCGAGUGCGGUACGGCGCGGUGGUAGGAGGACUCUACAUGGCGUCCCCAACAGGUGUGUGCUGCGCUCACCAUGCGUCCACAACCCCAUCUCCACCAUCUCAAUCUUCUUCCCCCCACCCCACCCCAUCUCCAUCCCAUCCCCACCCGCUUCCCAACCCCAUCCACACCACACCCCAUUUCCAACCCAGGCCCAACCCAUUGCCAACCCAUCCCCACCCGUACCCACCUGUCCCCUCUCCAGUUUCAAUCGCCUCAACGUGCAUGUCUCUAUCCCUGACAACACAUGUACAAGCACAAUCACAUGUGCGCCAGAUUGUCUUUAGACGCAUCCCUCCAUCCCACUACACUCCGUCCCAGCAAGCCAGCAGUGAGUGUGCUGCGUGUGCUGCAUCGGCACAUGCACACCAACCAGACCUUGCUCGAGGUGCGCAUAUUCUCUGGUGCGCAUAUUCUCUGGUCGCGCACAUCAAAUCCGCAUUCACUGUGCUGCCGCUGGUCAUCCCCUCGUUGGUGAGUGACCCUCUCUACGUCUCUGGGGGAAUUACAGCCCCUGUGACGGGCUCGCUUCCUCAGCAGCACAGCCCCAACAGCCCCCAUCACACACCCGUUCUGAGUCGACUCAAAGGUCUUCCUCUUCUCCCUCACUCCUUCCAGGUGACCCUCUCUACGUCUCUGGAGGCAUUCCAGCCCCUGCCGGGAGAUACAGGCUAUUGGCUGCACUCCUUCCGAUGCCUCUUCCACCAUCCCACAUCUAACCAGGUAAUUCGAGUGGUAGCGCCUCCCCCCCCUGCCCUGCGCAUGCCACACGAGACAGUUGCCUCCUUUCUGUCUGCAUUCCAAGUCAUGCCGCCCGAUGCCAUGAUGGAUUUAUGGCACUGUUAG